AUGGGUGAAAAAAACAGACAAAUAGGACACUACUCUAGCUCUCAAAAGAUAUUGUUGGUUGGUGAGGGGGACUUCUCAUUUUCUGCUUGUUUGGCUCAAGCUUUUCGCUCUGCCGCUAACAUGGUGGCUACCACUCUUGAAUCUGAAGAUACUCUAUGGAUGGAACAUUGGAGCAGUGAGGCACAUUUGGAAGAGUUGGAGAGAAGAGGAUGCUUGGUGUUAUAUGAAGUUGAUGUGCAUGAAAUGCACCAGCAUCCCACCCUUAUGUGCAUGAAGUUUGAUGUUAUCAUCUUCAACUUUCCUCAUGCGGGCCAUUACUCUUGGCUAUGCGAAAGAGACCAUGAGCUCAUACAAAUGCACAGGGAUUUGUUGAAAGCAUUCUUCAAAAGUGCCCGUGGGAUGCUCAGCAAAGGUGGGGAAGUUCAUGUUUCACACAGGGAUGACUACCCCUACGAUCAAUGGAAGUUGACGGAGCUUGCAGAGAAGGCCGGCCUGGUUCUGAAAGAGAAAGUGUGGUUUGAGAAGUCGACCUACCCUGGCUACCACAACAAGAGAGGAGGAGGCAUCCAGAGCAACAAAAAGUUUCCACUCAAUGAAUGCUACACCUUCAAAUUUUCUCUGAAACAUGAAACUUCUCAUGAAUUAAAGCCUGCUUGCAACCAAACAACUAGCACUCUAAGUGGUGAUAUAUCAGAUGCUUUAAAUAGUAUGCAUUUGAAGUAA